UAUUUACGAACCCUACAAAAUCCAAAAGCAAAAACAAAAAAUUAUAAUAGUAACAAUACCAAGCCUCUCACCCUCAGUUACAGAGCUUUCAUGGCUUUUUCUGUUAUAUUAUAUUCCAACUUUCCAAAGAUUUGAGCAUCCAAAUCAAACCAAAAUAUCUAUUAAAUCAACUGGUUUCAUGGGAGGGACAUAAAUAUUUGAAUUUUUAAGUUUCCAAGUUUCCAACUUUCCAACUCUCCAUGUCCAAUUCUUUUUCUUCUUUGUGGGGUCCUCUUUAUGUUUGAGCUCCGCAUAUGACAGCCUAAAUCAACAGCCUGGAAAGGGUUGUUAAUGGUUACAACCGCACUAAAAAGGCUGAAGCUUGAUGGGUUUUCAUGGUGGGAUUCACGUAGUCUCUGUGUCAACUGGGUUUUCUCUUGGCGCUGGCCCAAUUCACUCUGCUGCGGAUUUUUCCCAUUUUUCACUUCCAUUGAGGUAAAAGCUCAAAUCUGUGUGUAUUUUUGUGUUGGAGAAGUUGGUGGUGCAAGUGGUACUUUCCUCUGCAUACGAGCAAUGUUUAUGUUUUUGCCUUGUUUGAUAAUGCUGGGAUUUUACUACUUGGUUUUCAAUUGGGUUUUUGUGUACUGAGUUGGAUGGAUCUGGGGUAGUUGAAAUUUUUGGAUUUUGGGUUUUGAUUCAUUGGAGAAUUGGGGUUUUGAGUUUUGACAUUUGGGACUGUAAGUACCUAUUUUUGGUGAACUGGGUUUUGUUGAGUUGAUUGAUUUGGUCUCAUUUGCCGUUGAAGAUCUGGUUUUUCAGACACGGUGAAGAUGAAACUUGUAACUUGGGUAGCUUUGUUUCUUGCUGUUGUUGUGUUCAUGAGCUAUAGAUCAUCCGCUUCAUUCACUCCUGUCGAUAACUACUUAAUUGCCUGCGGUUCUCCGAAAAAUGUCACAUUCCAAGGUCGAACCUUUGUUCCCGAUACACAACAAUCUUCCCUUGUACUAAAAAGUGCAAAUUCUUUAGUUGCCAGCCCCAAUGCUAAUGCCCCUUCUCCAAUUUACCAAUCUGCUCGAGUUUUCCAGGCAACAGCUUCUUACAAAUUCAAAGUCCAGCAAGAAGGCCGGCAUUGGGUCCGCCUUUAUUUUUUCCCUCUUACAAGCCCUGGCCAAAAAUUGGAUUCUGCUCAAAUGACUGUAGUUACUGAAAAUUUUGUACUCUUGAACAACUUCACUUUCAAGAACUUUAACGGUUCUUAUCUGUUCAAGGAGUAUGCAAUUAAUGUAACUUCGGAUACUUUGACUCUUAAUUUCAUUCCUUCAAACAAUUCAGUUGCUUUUGUUAAUGCAAUUGAAGUUGUUUCUAUCCCGGAUGCGCUGCUCCCUGACCAGGCAUAUGCUGUGAAUCCAUCUGCUCCUUUUAGCGGACUUUCUGAGCUUGCCCUUCAAACAGUUUACCGGUUAAACAUGGGGGGCCCUUUGCUCACAUCUCAAAAUGAUACCCUUGGAAGAACUUGGGAGAAUGACGUGAAGUACCUCCAUGUGGACAGUUCUGCAGUGAAUGUAUCGGUGAACCUUGCAAGCAUAAAAUAUCCGCCGACUGUCACACCUGAAAUUGCCCCAAAUUGGGUCUAUGCCACAGCUGAAGCCAUGGGAAAUGCAAACGUGCCCAAUGUGAACUUCAACAUAACUUGGGUCUUUACAGUAGAUCCAAAUUUUAUGUAUCUUGUUCGGGUACACUUUUGUGAUAUUGUCAGCAAGGCUCUGAAUAAUCUCGUUUUCAAUGUUUUCAUAAAUUCUGACAAUGUGCUUGGGAGUCUUGAUCUCUCUUCGAUGACUGGUGACUUGGGCGUGCCAUAUUACAAAGACUUUGUUUCCAACUCCACAGAAGAUGCAGGUACUUUGACUAUCAGUGUUGGUCCAGAUUCAUCAGCUGAUAUUACCAAUGCAAUUCUGAAUGGGUUGGAGAUUAUGAAGAUCAGCAAUGAGUUGGGGAGCUUGGACGGGUCUUUAUCCGUGGGGAAUCUUCUUCCUAGUCCAUCCUCAAAGAAGAAUAAUAUAGGAAUCAUAGUUGGCUCUGUUGUGGGAUCUGUUGCUGUUGUGGCAAUUAUUGGUUUCCUUUAUUGCUGCUUGGCAUCCCGCAAGCCGAAGACAACUAGCCAAGCAACAUGGCUGCCCUUGCCCUUGUACGGAAAUUCUCAGACCAUGACAAAAAUGUCUACAACUUCACAAAAGAGUGGAACAGCUAGCUGCAUUUCAUUAGCUUCCUCCAAUCUUGGCAAAAUCUUCAUGUUCCAGGAGAUCCUGGAUGCAACCAAUAAGUUCGAUGAGAAGGCACUUCUUGGGGUUGGUGGUUUUGGCAGGGUUUACAAGGGAACACUUGAAGAUGGGACUAAAGUAGCUGUCAAAAGGGGAAACCCCAGAUCUGAACAAGGUCUUGCUGAAUUCCGAACUGAGAUUGAAAUGUUAUCCAAGCUCCGCCACCGCCACCUUGUGUCUCUUAUUGGCUACUGUGAUGAAAGGUCAGAAAUGAUUCUUGUCUAUGAAUACAUGGCCAAUGGACCCCUCAGGAGCCAUUUGUAUGGAACAGACCUGCCAACACUCUCAUGGAAGCUACGCCUUGAAAUUUGCAUUGGGGCUGCAAGAGGGCUCCAUUAUCUCCACACUGGUGCAGCUCAAAGCAUAAUUCACCGAGAUGUGAAGACAACCAACAUUCUCUUGGAUGAGAACUUUGUAGCCAAAGUUGCUGAUUUUGGCCUCUCAAAAGCAGGUCCAGCUCUAGAUCAGACCCAUGUCAGUACAGCUGUUAAGGGUAGUUUUGGUUACCUUGAUCCUGAAUACUUCCGAAGGCAACAGCUCACGGAGAAAUCUGAUGUGUAUUCGUUCGGGGUAGUUCUAAUGGAAGUUCUGUGCACAAGACCAGCUUUAAAUCCUGUUCUUCCAAGGGAGCAGGUCAACAUAGCAGAGUGGGCGAUGACAUGGCAGAAGAAGGGCAUGCUAGACCAAAUCAUGGACCCUAAUCUGGCGGGGAAGGUAAAUCCAGCUUCUCUUAAGAAGUUCGGGGAGACAGCUGAGAAGUGCCUUGCUGAGUAUGGUGUUGACAGGCCAUCAAUGGGAGAUGUCUUGUGGAAUCUUGAAUAUGCUCUUCAGCUCGAGGAGACAUCUCUGCACUCAGAACCUGACGAUAACAGCACAAACCACAUACCUGGUAUCCAAUUAACCCAAGGAGAGCCAUUUGAUAACAGUGUGAGCAUGGUUGACGGGGGACACUCCGGCACAGAUGACACAGAAAAUGCUGCCACAAGUGCUGUGUUUUCUCAGCUUGUUAAUCCUCGCGGAAGAUGAGGUGACAGAUCCUUUGCCUAUCUGAAUCUUGUUCCUUAAUUUCCCCUUAAAAGAUAUCGGUCAUCCUGGCCGCAGUGAGGGAAAAAGUUCUUUCGUAGUUCAUUAUUCUAGUUUACUACGUCAAUAUUUCUAUCACGAUUUAUUUGUAAUAUAGUUAUGGUGGAUGCCAAUCAGAAUCCAUCAGAAAUUGCAGGUGAGGUGCCAAAGGAUUUUGUUGUUGUCUUGAUAUAUAAAUGCAUCUGGGUUUUCAGAGCUUCCCAUGCUUCUAAAUUAUAAUUGAUGUCAUUGUAUUCGCAUAUAUUCUCAUUGUUCAUAAGAAAAAUAAAAUAAGAAGAGUUUGUGA